CGUCGGCUCUUCGUCUUGGCCUCUUGUGCGUUUCUCCAUCGUUAAAACUCAACAUUAGGAGCUCGCAUCAUCAUAGAGCUAUGGCGGAAGAAGAAACAGUUACGUCUUUGAAAUCUGAAAUAGCUACUUUACGAGGCAGAGUAAACGAACUGGAAGCGGAGAAUGCCGAAUUGGCUGCACGAAUGGCCAAUUGUUGCUGUGAUCAGAAAGGGACACAACAGCUUGGUGAGUCGGAAGUGGAGUGCAGAAGCUCACUAGAGCCCAACGGGGAAAGAAAUUCAGGAGGUGCAGAAACAAAGAAGACCAGAAGAAAGAAAAGAGUAGCAGAAAUUUCAAGUUAUGACUCAAGGACAGUGAGUCACUGCCCAAGGAGAUAUGUUGCCUUAAAAGUUAUGUAUUUUGGUCCAAGGUUUUAUGGUUUUGCAUCGGAGGCACAAAUGGAACCAACCGUUGAGUCAGAGAUUUUCAAAGCUCUUGAGAAGACAAGGCUUUUAGUUACUAACAAGAAGGAAGCACAGUAUUCCCGGUGUGGUCGAACUGACAAAGGAGUAUCUGCUGUUGGACAGGUUAUUGCUCUGUUCUUACGGUCAAAACUUCGCCACCUUAACUCAAACACCUCAGAUUCAAGGGAAAAUUUUGUUGACGGACAAAAUGAAGAGGAAAUUGAUUAUGUACGAGUAUUGAAUCGGGCACUUCCGCAAGACAUUCGAAUUUUUGGCUGGUGUCCUGUUCCAGUUGAUUUCCAUGCAAGGUUCAGCUGUUUGGGCAGAGGGUACAAAUAUUUGUUUUGGAGUGGCACACUGGAUCUUCAGGCUAUGGAGACGGCUGGUAAGAAAUUUGUUGGGGAGCAUGACUACAGGAACUUCUGUAAGAUGGAUGCAGCCAAUGUGCACAACUAUGUGCGGCGCAUAGACUCGUUUGAAAUUUCUCCUUCUGAUUUGAGGUUUCAAGGUAAUCAACUCUUUGCAAUCAAAAUCAAAGGCAGUGCUUUCCUGUGGCACCAAGUCCGGUGCAUAGUUGCUGUGCUUUUUAUGGUUGGUGAGGGACUUGAAUCUCCAGAUGUGGUAGAUACAUUGCUUGAUACGAGCAGGACAACAAGAAAGCCUCAGUAUGCCAUGGCUUCAGAAAUCCCAUUGAUUCUGUCUUCUUGUGAUUUUGAAGGCCUCAAGUUUACUUGUUCAUCAGUUGCCGAGCAGGAUCUUUCUGUGCACUUGGAAAAUGAAUGCAGAACCUACCAACUUCAAGCUGCUAUCUAUAACGAGGCUAUGUUGAGCUGUAUGCGCCCAACAGGUACUGCAUAUAAGCACAACGGGGAAAGCUUUGUGAAAAUCAGAGGGAAAGCUUCCCAUAUUCCUUUGAUGUCGAGACCAACAGAACCAUCAUACGAGGAGCGACAUGCUAAGUUGAAACUUCGGGAUGCAGGAGGGAGUUAACAUUUUUUAUUGGCUACUGUCCCUUCAGCUAGAUGCUGUCCUGAUCAUUCAAUGCAGAACCCAGAAGAAAUCGACACAUUCGACGUGUUGCAGCUUUAUACGUUCCCCUCAGACCGUCUUUGGCGUUGUUUACCGGUCCACUUGCUGCACUGUUGUACACUGAGAUACGAGUUCUCGUUAGCAGUUCAUGGAUACUAGAGAUUGUUAGACGGCAACAUAGUGUGGUGUUGUAAUGUUGUGGAAGUGGAAUGUCUAAACCCUACGCAAUUCAUCUCCCAGCCUGCAUCCUCCUUUCUCCUUCCCCACUCUCUCUCUAUCUAUCUCCCUUCGCCGCCUCGUGCUCCUUCCGAUAGGAACCGCCGGACGUUCAAUCGCCGUUCUUCUAUCGCCGCCGUCCGAAUCCUUAUGGUCAGUGGAAUGGAGCUGACCAGAAUGGCUGCUAACCACCUACUCCGCACCCGCCUCUUCGUCCGCUUCAUGGGCGGCGGGCCGCGCACCUUCCCCGGCGGAUUGAACAAGUGGCAGUGGAAGCGCCUCCACGAGAAGAAGGCUUCGGAGAAGGAGAAGCGCCUCCUCGACCAAGAGAAGCAGCUCUACCAGGCCAGAAUCCGGUCCUCAAUCCGCGCCAAACUAGCCGAUAGCCCACCGCCCAACAACGAUUCGUCGUCUUCCAAUUACAAUCCCAUGGCUCCGAAAGACCAAGUCAAGGCGCUCGCCGAUCGUUUCAUGAAGGAAGGAGCAGAGGAUUUGUGGAAUGAGGAUGAUGGCCCUUUGAAACCGACGCCUCCGAGACCUAAUGAACGACGAGCAGGCUCGACUGCGGCGGCAGCGUCAUCGAAUCACGAACAGGGUUACUCUGAUUCGGCCGUUGAUUUGAGGCAAUUGAUGACGGAGUCCCAGGAGGAGUUUUAACUUCUUAACCCUUCUGGUCAGCAGUUCUCCGGGUUCGUGCCUCACCGGAUUUCUCAAAGGUUCAGCUGGCAAUCUGUGAGGUGUCUUUGGAUUCGAACACUACUCUCCGAGGCAAACUCCAAAUUCCCCCAUGGACAGACAGCUCUCUAUCUGGUUAGUUGCUUGAUGGAUUGGCGAGACGUUUGAACUGGUGGAUUGUGGUAUUAGAGAAAUUCGACGAUUUGGGUAUCAUGUGGAAUUAAAAGAUGUUAUCUUGUUGAUAUGUGUGUGAUUUCAGGAGAAUGCAAGGUUAAGAUUUGAGAAGGAUUAUGGCCUCUCGAUUCGAUUUAUGCUUAGCACCUUUGCCAAUACGUGAGAAGUAGUGAUGGAUGAUCUUGAUUCAUGAGAGGUCCUCACAUGUCAUAUUGGAGUUUGUUCAUGGUUUUGUGCAACAUUAGGUCAUGACUCUGGGGACAAGAAGGCUGGAACAUUUGGGUCGACCUUCUUUAGUCUUCUCCGGUGAAUUGUGGCUGAGCAGAGAGAGGUUAUGUCGUCGGGGGAAAGGCUUGGCUCGUCGGAGGCAGAGGAAUAAGGGAGGAGAGCAUGUGUGUGUGACAUUUGGUUGGAAUUUCAAUUUGAAUUUGGGUUAAUACCCUCGUUUGGCACGAAGUAUAGCGUU